AUGAGGAGCUUUAUGUGGAAUCAGAGGUACAAGUAUCAGCAAACGGAGCAAGAUGAUUGGUUCGAGGAUUUCGACGAUGACGCAGAGUCUUCUAAGCUGACGUCAUCGCAUGGUGGGUACCAGCCAUUGGACUCACCUGGAUCCAAAAAUAGUCAAUCAGGCAAUGUUCGCCGCAUUCAAGCAGCCGCGUGUCUGGGAGUCCUCAUCGUCAUCGUUGUUAUGAUCCUUGCGCUUGCAUUACCCGUAAAUCAGAACACCAAAGACGCGUUCGCGCACUCCAGUUUACGGUUGCCACGUGACGUGCUGCCCGAGACUUACAAGUUGUUCCUUGUGCCCGAUAUUAAGUCUGGCUAUUAUGAGGGAAGUGUAGACAUUGGCGUGAAAGUAGUCAAAAGUACGCCCUCCGUGUUUCUCCACGUGAAAGGACUAACGUUGACGAGGACGCCGGUCAUUUUAGGAUCACGUGACGAAACUAUACCGAUACGCGAGACUUCAUUGAAUGGAACUUUAGAGAUGCUUUACAUUGGAGUUGAAGAGACGCUUCUCAAGGGCAUGACGUAUAAUAUACACAUCGAAUUUCACAGAAAUUUAGCGAACGAUUUCGUGGGUUUCUACUCCACCAAGUACAAACAUGCCAAUGGCGAAGACAGCACCAUAGCAACCACGUACCUGGAACCCACGUUCGCGCGUCAAGUAUUUCCGUGUUUUGACGAGCCGGACAUGAAAGCCGAGUUUACUAUUUCUAUCGUUCGUGACAAGGACCACAUAUCGAUGUCCAAUAUGCCGCUGGACGGUGAGAGCGCCAAGUACGGCGACACAGGGAUGAUGUUGGACACGUUCAAGACGACGGUGAAGAUGAGUACAUAUUUGGUGGCCUUGACCGUGUGUGACUUUCAGUACGUGGAAGGUUACAGUGCAUCACGUAUUCAGGUCAAAGUUUACACCACGCCUGACAAAAUCAACAUGGCUGACCAUGCUCUAUCCACUGCAACUGAGUGUUUGUCAUUUUACGAAUCAUUUUUUAAAGUUCCGUAUCCAUUGCCGAAAAUGGACAUGAUAGCCAUUCCACAGUACAACGAUGCUGGUAUGGAAAGUUGGGGACUGAUCAGUUACCAGGAAAGUAGUAUACUGUAUGAUUCCCAGAAUACACCAGUUACCGUACUACAAGAUGUAACUGCUGCUAUUGCACAUGAAAUAGCUCACCAGUGGUUUGGUAAUUUGGUGACAAUGAAAUGGUGGAACGACCUAUGGUUGAAUGAGGGCUUUGCAACUUAUGUUGAGUACAUUGGCACCGAUCAUAUCAAUCCAGAGUGGAGAAUGAUGGAGCAGUUUGUUUAUGGAGUGACGCAACAAGCAAUGACACUGGACGCAUUGCACCACUCACAUCCGGUCUCUUUACCUGUCAACAAUCCAGCGGAUAUAAAGAAACUAUUUGACAAGAUAUCAUAUCUUAAGGGAGCGGCCAUAAUAAGAAUGGCGAUGGACUUUCUAGGGUACGAUGCUUUUCGAAAUGGUUUACAAGAUUAUCUAUCAGCGUAUGCGUAUAGCAAUGCGAAAAACGACAAUCUGUGGUCAGCUUUCACGAAGAGCGGUGAAAAUGGCGAAGAUAAAGUGAUAGUGAAGGAUGUGAUGGACACAUGGACAUUACAGAUGGGGUACCCCGUGGUGACGCUGUCACGAAACGAUGACACCAUAACUGCUACCCAGGAACGAUUUUUGAUUUAUCCCGAUGGCGAACUAUCUUCAAAUAACGCAUCACCGUUCGACUAUACAUGGAAGAUUCCAUUGACACUUGUGACGUCAUCCGAUCCUGAUAACAUCAGCAGAAUGUGGUUGAAUACAAAGAAGGAUUUUCUGGACAUUGAACAAGGAUCGACUUGGUACAAGGGAAAUGUCAACAUGAGCGGCUUUUACCGUGUGAACUAUGACGAUGCAGGAUGGAAUGCGAUAAUAGAACAAAUGAAAAGUAAUCAUAACACACUGAUGUCGUCGGACAGAGCUAGUAUCAUAGAUGACAUAUUCACACUAGCAAGAGCUGGAUAUGUAGGACACGAGAGGGCGCUCAACCUAUCUCUAUAUCUGGAUAGAGAAAUGGAGUACGUUCCCAUCAUGACUGCUAUUGCAAAAUUUCGAUAUAUUGGUGAAAUGUUGACAGGAAGCGGAAAUAACCAUGUCUUGUUUAAUAAAUUUGUGCUUCAACGAUUGAACGGAAGUUUGGAGUCACUAGGAAUGACUGACUCGGGGUCCCACACCAAUAAACUUCUGCGGAAAGCCAUCUUAGAAAUUUGUGUGAUAUAUGGACAUGAAAACGUGGUCAAAAAGAUGACAGAAUUGUUUUAUAAAUAUAUGACCCUGGAUGAAAAAGUGGACCCAAAUAUGCGUCAUGCUGUGUACUGUGCCGGUGUGAGAUAUGGAGACGAGUACGAAUGGGAAAUGUUAUGGGACAAGUACAGACGUGCAUCUACGUAUACUAAAAGAAAUAUCAUAAUCAGAUCCAUGGCUUGCUCAGCGGACAGUGUCGUUCUAGAAAGGUAUUUGGAUUAUGUCAUGGACUCAUCUCUCGUUCGUUUGGAAGAUAGAGCAGACAUUAUCACAUCUGUGGCGGAAAACGUUGAAGUCGGGAGGAGUUUGGCUUGGAACUUUUUGAAGAAGAACUGGCAUGAAUUAAGUGCAUUCUUCAGUGACGAGAUGGAUACGAUCAUUACGUCAUUAUCAAGAACAAUUACGUCACAGGAGCAGCUUCAAACGAUGUCUGACUUCUUAACUAGUCACUCUGACGUCAACAGUCGUAAAAUGCUAUCACGUGUGACUGAACACGGAAAGAUGAACAUCGAUUGGUUACAGAAAUACAGUACAAAGGUUAAUGAUUGGCUGAACGAAAAAGUUGAUUUGAAUAAACCACCUGGCAUAAUAGAAACAUAGUAACAGGUCGAAGUAAAGAACCAAUACAAUGACAUGGCUGAGAUGAUCUGACUCGGAUGGCAGAUGUAGUGACUGGCUAGUUAAUAUAGUUUGUGUAUUAUUAUUUAGAAAUUUAUUCUUGAUCGUUUUUAACAACUGUUUUGCAUUUUGCAAAUACUUCUUUUCCAAGACUGUUUAUAGAAGUAAUCAAUUCAGUAUUUCUAUUAAAUAGUUUGUUAUUGGAAAUUGCAAUUUUAAUUUUGGGAAUGUUUUGAAAUGUUUACACCCAAUUGUUGUUUGCAUUAUUGUUUAUUUCCUUGAUAUUUUUUAUGUAUAUUUAUUACGCAGUCCUACAUAAUAAAACCAAUCUGUGAGUCGUA